AUGGACUCUGAGCGAACCAUCAAGAUACAACCUUGGAAAGCUGGCUGGCUGGCUCGUAAUGCUGCCGGUACCCAGAAGAUCAAGACCAACGGUACCAGCCAUGGCGCUGGAAAAGGAGAACCGGUCAUUAUUGGAGGAUUUACCAGUGGCUAG